ACCAGUUACCAUUGAGCCCCGGACGUGAGUGGUUUACUCCAAAAUUUGCGGAGAAAAAAAUGUAUUAAUAAAUUUGCGAUUCGCUGGAAAUAAGUGCAAUACAUUAGGAAAUUGCGUGUAAUAACACCACGAUUAAAAUGCGGCGCUUGUGUUGGUUGGCGUUUUUGAUAAUUUUGCCAUUGGCAAAUACCACACCGCCUAUAAGCUUCGAAGCCAAUCCGGAUACUAAGCGGCUAUAUGAUGAUCUCUUGAGUAAUUAUAAUCGCCUUAUUAGGCCGGUUGUAAAUAAUACCGAGACUCUUACCGUGUGGUUGGGCCUCAAGUUAUCGCAACUGAUCGAGGUGAAUCUGAAGAAUCAGGUGAUGACAACCAAUCUGUGGGUCAAGCAGCGCUGGUUCGAUUAUAAGUUGCGCUGGGAUCCAGAAGAGUACGGUGGUGUGGAGCAGUUAUAUGUGCCCUCUGAGCACAUUUGGGUGCCCGACAUUGUGCUGUACAAUAACUGGGAUGGCAACUAUGAGGUAACUCUCAUGACGAAGGCCACUCUGAAGUACACUGGCGAAGUGUUCUGGGAGCCACCGGCGAUUUACAAGUCAUCCUGUGAAAUGAAUGUGGAAUAUUUUCCAUACGAUGAGCAAAUUUGUUUCAUGAAAUUCGGCUCAUGGACGUACAAUGGUGCCCAAGUGGAUUUGAAGCACCUGGACCAGGUGCCUGGCAGUAAUCUUGUUCAGGUGGGCAUCGAUUUAACUGAAUUCUAUUUGUCGGUGGAGUGGGACAUACUCGAGGUGCCGGCAACCAAGAAUGAGGAGUACUAUCCGGACACAUUGGAGCCGUUCUCAGAUAUUACCUUCAAGUUGACCAUGCGACGCAAAACUUUGUUCUAUACAGUGAAUUUGAUUGUGCCCUGUGUGGCAUUAACAUUUCUUACCGUUUUGGUCUUUUACUUGCCAAGCGAUUCGGGCGAAAAGGUUACGUUAUGUAUUUCAAUACUCGUGUCGUUGACCGUGUUCUUCUUGCUGUUGGCCGAAAUUAUACCGCCGACAUCGUUGGCUGUGCCUCUGCUGGGCAAGUAUCUACUCUUUACCAUGAUACUUGUCUCUCUGUCCGUCUGGACAACGGUCUGUGUGCUCAACAUACACUUCAGAUCCCCCUCGACGCACAACAUGUCGCCUUUAGUGCGCAAAUUGUUUCUGCACUUCAUGCCAAAGCUAAUGAUGAUGCGACGCACUCAGUACACACUUCCCGAUUACGAUGACUCCACACCCAGCAAUGGCUACACCAACGAGAUAGAUGUGCGCGACAGCAUCAGCGAUUUUCCCAGCGAGUUCAAAGACAGCCAAGACGGCGCUUACGAUAAUGGCAUGCAGCACUCUGUGGACUUGACAGAUUCCGACAAUGUGAUACCGCGCAACUUAACACCCGAAGUGCUGCAGGCAUUGCGUGCGGUCAGAUUUAUUGCGCAGCAUAUCAAGGAUGCCGACAAGGAUAACGAGAUUGUGGAGGAUUGGAAAUUUGUUUCCAUGGUCUUGGAUCGCUUUUUCCUCUGGCUAUUCACGUUGUCAUGUGUGUUUGGCACUUGCGCCAUCAUCUGCCAAUCCCCCUCGCUGUAUGACACCCGAGCGCCCAUCGACCGCCAACUCAGCGAGAUUCCUUUGCGCAAAAACAAUUUCAUGCUGCCUCCGGACAUUAUCAGGCAGGGUGUUAAUUAAGUAAAAGCGAAAAAGUCUUCAAAAUGCUAUAAAUGCUAAAAAUAAAAAGAAAAAUGAAAAACACGAAGCCAGCGACAGCGACAACGCAGCAAGGCCAACAUCAUGGCACCAAAACAGAAAUGGAGCAAAAUUUGUGUCAAGGGUCACAUUCUGCCAUUUGACACAAAAUCUUGAUAAAGUUAACAAUUUAUGGACAAGGGAUUGGGUCAAAUUUAAUGGAAAUUCUAAAAUGUAACCUUUGAACUUUGAAUCAAUCAGUAAACCAAUAUAAGCGACUAGCAAAUACGUCAUACUGUCAGCAAUAUUAUAAAUGUAUUUCAAGUAAAAUAACUAAUCUAAAUGUCAAGUGGAAAGCACAGCACAAUUUGAUAAUAAUAAUAAAUCAAAGAGUUUU